AUGGCUCCUCAAAUCCCUGAGAAGCAGUGGGCGCAAGUCGUCCAAAAGAAAGGCGGCCCACCAAUCUACAAGGAAAUCCCCGUUCCCAAGCCCGGCCCCGAUGAAGUGCUAGUGAACAUCAAGUACUCCGGCGUCUGCCACACCGACCUACACGCCAUGAAGGGCGAUUGGCCUCUUCCUCUCAAGAUGCCUCUGGUCGGUGGCCACGAAGGUGCUGGUAUCGUCGUCGCCAAGGGUGAACUGGCCGAAGGCGUCGAGAUCGGCGAUCACGCUGGUAUCAAGUGGUUGAACGGAUCCUGCCUGUCGUGCGAGUACUGCAAGACCUCCGAUGAACCACUUUGCGCUACCCCACAGCUCUCGGGUUACACCGUCGACGGUACAUUCCAGCAGUACGCCAUUGGCAAGGCUGCCCACGUUACGGUCCUGCCGAAGGAUAUCCCUCUCGAUGGGAUUGCGCCGAUUCUUUGUGCUGGACUUACGGUUUACAAGGGACUGAAGGAGUCGAAUGCUCGCCCUGGUCAGACUGUUGCGAUUGUUGGCGCUGGUGGUGGUCUCGGCGCGAUGGCUCAGCAAUUUGCCAAGGCGAUGGGACUGCGCGUUGUUGCUAUCGAUGGUGGUGAUGAGAAGCGUGCCGUGUGCGAGCAGCUUGGCUCGGAGGUCUACAUUGACUUCUCCAAGUCGAAGGAUCUCGUCGCCGGCGUCAAGGCUGCUACCCCCGAUGGACUGGGUGCUCACGCUGUGAUCCUGCUCGCCGUCUCUGAGAAGCCCUUCCAGCAGGCUGUUGAAUACUCCCGUCCCCGCGGUACAAUCGUCGCCAUCGGUAUGCCGGCCAAUGCAUUCCUGAAGGCCCCUGUCUUCGAGACCGUCGUCAAGAUGAUCACCAUCAAGGGCAGUUACGUGGGUAACCGCCAGGAUGCUGCAGAGGCGGUCGACUUUUAUGCUCGUGGCUUGAUCCACGCACCAUUUAAGACCGUUCCUCUUGAGGAGCUUCCUAAGGUGUUUGAGCUGAUGGAGGAAGGAAAGAUUGCCGGUCGUUAUGUUCUCAAGAUGCCGGAGUAA